AGACGGAGAGACGAAUACGCGCCAAUAACCGCGAGUACAACUCACAGUUUAAUUAUGCGAACAACUACAUCAAGACGUCCAAGUAUUCGGUUCUGACGUUCCUGCCUUUGAAUUUGUUCGAGCAAUUUCAACGGCUCGCCAAUUUCUACUUCCUAUGCCUGCUGGUGCUUCAAGUGAUCCCCGCGAUAUCCUCCCUUACGCCCAUCACAACAGCGAUACCCCUCAUCGGGGUGCUCAUGCUCACUGCCGUCAAAGAUGCCUAUGACGACUUUCAACGACAUAGCAGCGAUUCACAAGUGAACAACCGGAGAUCGCAAACUCUUCGGGGUACAAAUCUGCGAGAGGAGAAGUGGUCUCAGGUGCAGGUUGGCGACGUCAUUAGGAUGGAGAACGAUCAGUUCGUUGCGGCCGAUGUUCUUCUGCUUUCCACGAGCGAACCAAACGGCCUCUGUUACAUCGAGACUGCGGAAUUGGACGGGGAAACUAAUUUAAAGUGCCGGCAGUGCCUGGCCGAGACGGCUGAGAUGAUGGACAACAACGAACUGAUCGGCCAGUUCGACGGGGAGAUUGUCUGCGAAACGCCCAACAAUCUGCUGAACAAAUUCGACGGGACGUUGUUCUGGAAGGGGCGAAAAUAUGCGCUGGACAACGACAAGGUCAUCUUGAGGGGUUGCGUGCUCAGGAACACGCAAUGGUGCUACGGCGUGGUGAUCUUUGCUGGCAAGGACACCAAGCUGAUGCAAAACUCAGGGAAGACUAAGUUCAAGAGGACCUCGAUAGAUAGGCUACUGAACCUCCUAAUAAUUGGGAUAGUAUUCUUUCUGCUCUCCAUGUGUCUGUUCUGCAUGAUCGGGUGCGGGAUCUGGGAGAGCCUCGUAGGCCGUUACUUCCAAGUCUAUCUACCCUGGGACUCGCUGGUGCCCAGCGAGCCCUUGGGCGGGGCCACCGUCAUAGCCCUGCUCGUCUUCUUCUCCUACGCCAUCGUCCUCAACACCGUCGUCCCCAUCAGCCUCUACGUCAGCGUCGAGGUCAUCCGGUUCGUCCAGUCGUUUCUCAUCAAUUGGGACGAGGAGAUGUAUUACGAGCCAACCAACACCCAUGCCAAGGCUCGCACCACGACCCUCAACGAGGAGCUCGGCCAGAUCGAGUACAUCUUCUCCGACAAAACCGGCACCCUCACCCAGAACAUCAUGACCUUCAACAAGUGCUCCAUCGCCGGCAAGUGCUACGGCGACCUGGUCGACGAGGUCACUGGCGAGGUCAUCGACCUCAGCGAGACGGACAGGGCCGUGCAGACGCCGACGAUCAAGUGGAAGAACGGGCAGGAGUUUGUCCGUCAGGUUUACAGCCCUAUUAGUGGGGCAAACGCGCGCCUCCUAGAGCAAGCCGACCGGAUGUCCAACACGAGUCCGGAGCCGGAACUGGAGCAGCAACAUCGGACCAGAACUGGAACCGGGAUCGGAACCGCUCACCUCGGACCGUGGACGGGCAUCAAUGGUGUUCCCAAAAUUGCACCCGUCUUUUCAGUACGCAUGCUUGUCAAAUCCAACGCGCCAAGGCGACUUUCUUCCCGACAUUCCCUCUUCCGGAAUAUAACAAUUCUCCUCAAAUAUAUUUUUAUUAAGACGUCGCCGGCGCUGGACUUCUCCUUCAACAAGGACUACGAGCCGGAGUUCAAGUUCUACGACCCGACCUUGUUGGACGCCGUCCGAAGGAACAGCACAGACGUGCACAGCUUUUUCAGGUUGUUGGCCUUGUGUCACACGGUCAUGCCCGAGGAGAAGAACGGCAAACUGGAGUACCAGGCACAGUCGCCGGACGAGGCGGCUCUGGUAUCCGCUGCCAGGAACUUCGGCUUCGUUUUCAAGGAGCGCUCACCCAACAGCAUCACCAUCGAGGUCAUGGGGGAGCGGGAGGUCUACGAGCUCCUCUGUAUUCUCGACUUCAACAACGUGCGGAAACGCAUGUCCGUCAUCCUAAGGAAGGACGGCCAGCUCAGGCUCUACUGCAAAGGAGCCGACAACGUCAUCUACGAACGCCUGAAGCCCGGCAACGAGGACACGAAGAACAAGACCCAGGAACAUCUGAACAAGUUCGCUGGGGAGGGCCUCAGGACGCUCUGCCUUUCGGUCAGGGACCUCGACGAGAGCUUCUUCAAUGACUGGAAACAGCGCCAUCAGGACGCGGCUCUGAGCCAGGAGAACCGGGAUGACCGACUCGAUGCCAUCUACGAGGAGAUCGAAAAGGACAUGACGUUGCUCGGCGCCACCGCUAUCGAGGAUAAACUCCAGGAUGGCGUUCCACAAGCUAUUGCCAAUCUCAGCCUGGCCGGCAUCAAGGUGUGGGUCUUGACUGGGGACAAGCAAGAGACCGCGAUCAACAUCGGAUACUCGUGUCAGCUGCUUACGGACGACCUGACGGACGUCUUCGUGGUGGACGCGACGACGUACGACGGCGUCGAGUCACAGCUUACCCGGUUCCUGGAAAGUAUGAAAACGGCAGCUAACCAGCCGAAUAGGCCGACGCUCUCCGUCGUCACAUUCAGGUGGGACAAGGAAAGCAGCGACACCGAGUACAAUCCCAGCCGAGACGAAGCGGACGACCACGACUUGGAUCAAGCUACCGGAUUCGCCGUUGUUAUAAAUGGACAUUCCUUGGUGCACGCGUUGCAUCCGCAGCUCGAGAGGCUCUUCCUCGACGUCUCGAGUCAAUGUAAGUCGGUGAUAUGCUGCAGAGUGACACCCCUUCAGAAGGCCAUGGUCGUUGAAAUGAUAAAGAAGAACAAGAGCGCCGUGACGCUGGCCAUCGGCGACGGCGCGAACGACGUCUCGAUGAUCAAGGCAGCCCACAUUGGGGUGGGCAUCAGUGGCCAAGAAGGGAUGCAGGCUGUCCUGGCCUCUGACUACUCGAUAGGCCAAUUUAGGUUCCUAGAAAGACUGCUGCUCGUACACGGCAGGUGGUCCUACUACAGGAUGUGCAAAUUCCUUAGAUACUUUUUUUACAAGAACUUUGCCUUCACCUUAUGCCACAUCUGGUUUGCCUUCUUUUGUGGAUUUAGCGCACAGACUGUAUUCGAUCCGAUGUACAUUUCUGUCUACAAUCUGUUUUACACGUCACUGCCAGUCCUGGCGGUCGGUAUAUUUGACCAGGAUGUCAAUGACAAGAACAGCUUACUUUAUCCGAAGCUGUACACACCAGGACACCAGAACUUACUGUUCAACAAAAAGGAGUUUUGUUGGAGCGCAUUGCACGGUUUCUUCGCCAGUUGCGUGCUGUUCUUGGUUCCUUACGGAACGUACAAGGAUGGCGUAUCGCCGAAGGGAUACGUUCUUUCAGACCAUAUGCUGCUGGGCAGCGUCGUGGCAACGAUAUUAGUGAUAGUCGUGACGGUUCAAAUAGCCCUCGACACCUCAUACUGGACAGUUUUCAAUCACAUCAUGGUUUGGGGUUCCCUUAUUUGGUACUUUAUUUUGGAUUACUUCUAUAACUUCGUCAUAGGAGGUAGUUACGUCGGAAGCCUCACGAUGGCAAUGUCGGAAGCAACGUUCUGGUUCACGACGGUGAUAACGUGCAUCAUCCUCGUGAUACCGGUGUUGUCGUGGAGGUUCUUCUUCAUUGACGUGAGGCCCACCCUGUCGGAUCGGGUUCGAUUGAAGCAGAGGCUGGCGCAACUUCGCUCCCGGCAGAGUCAGGACAUCUUGCGGACGCCAUCUACGAGGAGGACGAGGCGAUCCCUUCGUUCCGGGUACGCCUUCGCCCACCAGGAAGGAUUCGGGAGACUCAUCACCUCCGGGAAGAUCAUGCGCAAACUGCCCAACGGGUCCGAUUUCAAGUUUGCCAUGCCCUUUGCGAACAACGUCUCCAAGCAGGUCAACGUCGCCACCACCUCGCCGAAGGAGAACUCGUCCAGGAACUCUCAUACUCUCGACACCAUCAACCUGUAAAGUCUUCGGUUUAUUUUAGUUUCUACGCAGUCUUAUGUACCGUUGGAGCGAAGUCGACUACCUUAGCGCGCCAUCUUCCGGAGGUGCAACGAAGGACGUCAUUUAAUUUCGAAUGUAAGACAUUUGGCAUCCGCCAGGGCGCGUUAGCGUUCGUGUUCGUCCAACGUUUAGGAAAAACCUGAUAUAAAGUUAGUCCCGGAAAAUGGCUGCGCUGAUGGAGUUGACCACUGUGCCUAGUGAAUGUCUAAUGAAACCUGAAAGCGACUGAAGGUGUAGAGUUAUACCUGGAAGAGAUGAACAGGGAUAUUACUUAUAAAACAAUUCGAAUGCAUCACGUCCAAUUGAAUUCGAGCAAGGUUGGAAAAAUCAGUUAUUUGUGGUGUUUCUUAACCCUAAGGGUUUCGGCACUGGCAAAUCUUAUGAACUGUUGGCGCCAUCUCUUUGCUCGUUCCCAAACUAAAAUUAUUUGUCACUAUCAAUGCUGACCACGUUACGUAGUCUGCCGAAGCAGGCAUUUCUUGAAAACGUAAAUCGUGAACGUAGGGACACAUGCGCCCUCUCUUUUGGUGCCGUUAUUUCUAAUUAAAAUCAUCAACGGCUCGUUUUAUCACUCGUCUAAUGAUUACAUUUCGUUGGUGGUGUAUUGUUCCGAGUAACGAUGUAUCGUAAGAAGAAGUAUAGUUCAAUGGAAAUGCAUUUUAUUUCAAAGAGACAUUGUGAUAGAUUUUUUUAUUUUUUUUGUCUUCCUCAGUUGCGCUGUGCCGUAGACUAAAAUAAUCAUUUGAACUGAACAGUGAGUAGAAUUGCUAAUUACGUUAGGAUUUGCGUCGUAUUAUUUCAUUUAUGUUUUCAAAUGCCGAUGCAUCCGCUUAAAAAAUCCAAGUUAAUUUCCCGUAUUCCGUUUCACAAUGAGUAACGAAAAAGGGCAACGUGCUCCUUGUUGUUACGCUACCUAAAGUAACUAUAUAAUUACGAUUCAUAGAAUACUGACGGUUUCGAUUUCACUUUUGUGUAUUAUAUCGGCAAUUGAUAGUGACUAAUGUCAGGAAAUGUCAUGUAAGUUUUAUUGAUAUGAUUACCGUGCAAAGAGUAACAUUGUCAUUUUCGUCAGCACGAGCGUUCCUUUCUCCGCUGUUGGCACUAAAACCAAAUUAGACAGGACUCUUUUUUGAAUACGUUGCAUUUGCGAUUCGAUUUGCGAGAACGAUGUCACAUCUUGGAUGACGUCACUAGUGACGUCACUAGUGACGUCACGACGACCGAAAACCAUACCCUUGCUCGUAAGGCAAUCCGAGUGCGUAGCGGAGCUCGGAACACCCACGGUGUCCUGUAAUGUCCUACCAUGUAUAUUAUACAUUGACACACCGAACACGCGAGAAUGAACAUUGUAAAGAGCGUUUACGUAAAAAAAACCACUAUAUACAAUUAAUGAUAAUAGUUACAUUGAUAAUUGCCUUUAUAAAAU